UUACCUGACCUACGAAGAUGAGGCAAGAGAAAAAUCCUCAGUGAUUUUCAAGUCGUUUUGACUUUUCUUUGUAUUCAUUUGGAUUGUAGUAUCCUAGUGCUCGUAGGAGAGAGGAGGGUGGGCCAAGAUGAGUCUGACCUCUGACCUCUGGGAGCUGAGCCACCAGCUCCAGCAGGAGCAUCUGUUUGUGAGCACGGAGCGCGAGUCCCUCCAGCGGCUCUACCACAAUGUGUCGCUACUCUCUGAGCGCGUCUUCCACACCGCAUGGAUCGCUCGCCAGCAGAAGAUCAACAUGCAGGAGUUCAUCGACAAGGGGAACCACCCAGGCAACCCAGCGGAGGCGUACAGCGUGACGAACCAGCUGGAGGAGACGAACUUCGUGGACUCGUACAAAGUGUUCAGCUACCACGACAGCAAGUACGGGGAGCUGCUCAAGUACCUGUACGAGAACCCCAACCUCCUGUCGGCCACCAUCAUCGCCGGGGAGAACUACGGCGGCCUGGACGUGAAGAAGAUGGUGAGCAUGACGGUGACCUCCGUCUUCGGAAACUGCCUCUUCCAGGAGGACGAGCAGAGCGUGCUGAGACUGCUCAAGUCCCUGCUGGAGAUCCAGGUGGCCAACAGCGACAACCCGCGGCGCCUGAUCCGCCGACAGAACAUGUCCUUCUCCCUGGUCUACAAGCACCUGUGCGACAGUUUGUUCUCCGCUCGGUUGUUUCUGACUGCCGCGCUCUACGACCCCAUCAUGAGGCUGCUCAUGGAGGACGAGUGGUUCUUUGACAUUGAUCCGGACAAGGCCCUGGUUCGGUUCCCGCCGGCCGAGAAGUUGCGACGGUUCGGGGAGCCGGGGACGGAGGAGAACAAAGAGAAGCUGGGUCAGUACCGGGCGUUUAUCGUGGACAAGCUGGUGCUGCUGGCUGAGCGGUUCAUCAAGAGCAUCAAGGCCAACAUCCACUGCUUCCCCGCCAGUCUGGGCUGGCUUGUCUCCCAGGUGUACCGUGUGCUGACAGAACGCGGCCAGGUGGGCAUGCAGGAAGUGAGGGCCAGCUGUGCGGACCUGGUGUUUGCGCUGUUCAUCUGUCCGGCCAUCUGUGACCCCGAGCCGCACGGCAUCACCUCGGACGUGCCCAUCAGUCACAUUGCCAGGCACAAUCUCAUGCAGAUGGCUCAGAUCAUCCAGAUCCUAGCAAUCUCCCAGCCGGAGGACAUCGACGUGAAGACGCGCGACCUAUACAGCCGCUUCGACAAGGGUUGUAUGGCGUCCGUCCUUGACCUUUUCCUGGAGGGUGCUUGGGAGGACAUGACAGAGCAGAUUACUCGCUCAGCAUCCUCCUCCUCCUCUCCGUCCCCCUCCCCCUCCUUCUCCUCCUCCUCCUCCUCGUCCCAGGGUGCCUCUAGGUCGGCUGUCAUGUUGACGUCAGAGGAUGUCCGUGAGCUGAUCGGCUUCCUGCGCAACACGAGCGGGCGCCUGGACGAGAAGACGCCAGGCAAGCGACAGAUGGAACAGCUCCUGUCCUCUCUGCCGGCCGACAUGCCCCCGUCUGCCGCGGACAAUCUGUCGCUGCCGGGCGGGAGUGGGGUCAUCACGCCCUCCUCAGGGUCGCUGAGCGGCUCACCGUUCUCCGUUGACUCACCGAUCGGCACGCCCAGCCAGGAGAAAAAGCCACUGUUCAAAACCAAAGGUCAGAGGAAGAAACGUUCAAUGACGGCCGCCCCUGCUCUGGAGGAGAUUCUCGUGGAGUCCUCGGAGGUCGAAGCUAACGGGAGGCCGGCCGCGGACGUCCUUGUUGUGUCCAUCUACCCUCCCGGGGACUGUCCGGGUAUGCUGACCGAGAGGAAGGUGUUGUCGUCUCUGUCCGAGAACGAGAGCAAGAAAGUGACGACCCACCCCGCCCCCACCCCCAGCAACACCGCCACCGCAGCUACAGCGGCAGCAACAACGGGCGGGGCUCACCCGGAGAUACAGGAGAAGAGGACCAGGUUCUCUCUGUCACAUGACCAGGAGUCCAUCGGGAACGCCAGCGACUACCAGGAAGUGAUCUCGGAGGCGGCGUCGAGCCACUCGGUGGAGGACGAGAACGAGCUGGAGACGGACAACUUCUCGGACAUGAUGUCGGCCAACGUCAGUGGGCGGGGCUCGCCGUCAAUCAGCGGCCGGGACACGCCCCUCUCGCAGGCCGGCAGCGUGGAGGAAAAUCCUCCAGGACUUGAACUGUGGAGUGGGAGACAGAGACGAGGGGGACAGCUCUCUGGGACAUGACGAGGGUGAGGAGAACUGUGUGGAUCUGGACCCCAUGUGUGCCGUGGGAGGUGCGGAGACCGGUCACUCAUCGUCCAGCGACCCCCAUCACGGGGAGGUCAACGAACCUUUCCCUGAGGUGUUCCCGGAACCUUCUGGCAAGUCCGGGGAGGAGUCUGGCGGGGAGCGGGGAGCCGGGGAGAGAGGGGGAGCUUCCAGGAAAGGGAACAACAUGCUGUUUCAGUUCCAGUCGGGUCCGAACCUCCAGCUGCCCAGCAUUCACCGGCCUCCGUCGCAGUCGCUGAAGCACGCCGAGGGUAGGGUUAAUGCCACCGUGCAUGCGCUGGAGGGUUCGGGCGGUGGUAGCACGGCCCUGCUGCCUCCAUCUGGUGUUUCUGGGGUUCAAACUUCGUCCGGUGGUGGUGGUGGUGCUCGGAGUAAAGUGAGGGACUCGAGGGAGGGGGGCAGGAGGAGAGCGGAGGCGGAAAGGAGGGGAAGUCACAGUGGUGGUGGAGGAGGGGGAGGAGGAGAUGAUGUGGCAGCGGGUCUGGAGUUUGAUCCCUUGUCCUCUGGUGGUGGGGCCGGAGGGGUGAAGCAUCACAGCAGGGCCGGCGGCAAGGAGAAGUCGUGGGGUAGGGGGCACAAGCAAGGUUCUGUGGAUCUGCCCCUGAGGUUCGAACCCCGCGCCCAGCCGUCGGGCUCGUCAGGCGGGGAGGUACACCCACUACACCGCCCGGACGUGACCGGUUCCUCCUCCUCUUCGUCCUCCAGCGGUCCGCCCUCCGACCUCCCCACGCCCCCCACGGGGGGUCAGGCAAGGUCAGGGUCACGGGACUCUGGCAUCGACCUCUGGGUCAAGACCAACGGUCAGAUGUCGGGGAGCUCAUCCCGCCCCCAGCCCACGCCCGCCGCACUCAUCGCUGCCCGCUCCUCCCUGGACUCGAACCUCUCACCCCCCAGAUACAACAGCCACGUGCCUGGCCGGGCGUCGCUCGACUCCAACAUGCAGCGCAUCCAAGCGCAGGGGCGGGCGGGGGGUGGUGGGGGAAUGACCUCCACCCCGGACUCGGGCCUGCACUCUCUCUCCUACAUGUCCAGCACAGGGAACUCCUCCUCCGUGGACAGCAACACGCCCCCGCUCGAGAUGGAGAACCCGUUGUUCCACCUGCAGCACUCGCACGCUGUGGCUGCGCCCCACACGAAGGGAGGUGACAACCCUCCUCGUCUCGGCGCGGUUCUCCCCCCUCAGCACCCGCAUAACUCCCUGUCGGCAGUCGGUGACCCGUUUAGCGUGGCGGCCACCGCAGCCACCAGCGGCUACAACAACGGUCACUCACUACUAGCCGGCGAGGGGGAACUAGUGGACGUGGGGGUCAAAGAUCGCUCGCAGCUGGCCGGCGAGGGGGGGCUGGAUGGUGGAGUCAAGGGUCACUGUCCGUUAACGGAAACCAGCUUGAAGCAUCGCAACAGGAAGCUGCGGCGUAGCACGCCCCAGAUCGAGGUCACGGACAUCUACACCAAGAUCUCGGUCAUUGAGGAUGUGAGGGAGGAGGGCUCGGACAGUGAGGAGAGCCUGGCACAGCAGCAGGUUUCCAACCUGGACGAACGGAGACUCUCCUCCGCCCUCAUCCUUCUCAACACUUUCUCGGGCGACAACGACGAGCCGUCUGGCGAAAUCACCCCGGCGGAGUCGUCCCCCGCACACGCCGUCAAGGACUUCACCAGCAUCACCUUCGCCGACUCCACUUCGCUGAUCAGCGUGGACGCAGACGACGAUAGCCUGGAGGCUCACGCGAUCGACUCGCAGACAGGUCACGGCGAGGGCGAGGUCAAAAGGUCGGAGGGCGACUCCUCCAGCACACACCGUCGCCAGGACAGCAGCGGGAGCAGCCAAUCUGCCAACUCAUUUAAGCUGAACACGUCGAGUAAAGACCAAGCUGGUGACAAUGUUUCCCUGUACUCUACAGACAAGGAGGUGGGAGGUGACGGGGAGGAGGCGGCGGGCAGCAAGGGCAAGAAAACCAGCGGCCCGGGGUUCCUGAGGAGUGUCAGAGACAAGUUCAACAAAGGUACGCGCUGACCAAACACACGCUGACCACACGCGCACUGACCAUAUGCUCAGACCAUGUACAUAUGCACUGACUACAUGCUCAGACCAUGUGCAUAUGCACUGACCACAUGCUCAGACCAUGUACAUAUGCACUGACUACAUGCUCAGACCAUGUACAUAUGCACUGACCACAUGCUCAGACCAUGUACAUAUGCACUGACCACAUGCUCAGACCAUGUACAUAUGCACUGACCACAUGCUCAGACCAUGUACAUAUGCACUGACCACAUGCUCAGACCAUGUACAUAUGCACUGACCACAUGCUCAGACCAUGUACAUAUGCACUGACCACAUGCUCAGACCAUGUACAUAUGCACUGACCACAUGGUCAGACCAUGUACAUAUGCACUGACCACAUGCUCAGACCAUGUACAUAUGCACUGACCACAUGCUCAGACCAUGUACAUAUGCACUGACCACAUGCUCAGACACACCCAUACACUUACUUUCACCUCCCAGGGCAGUGCCACUGACUGGUGUCUUUAGGCCAUUCCCAAAGGGGGGACAUUUCUCGUUCAUGUACAGCAAAAUUGUAAA